GGUUAGUUUUGAACUAAUAAAAUUUUGUUGUUUUUGGCGCAGAGUUGAAGCGAGACGAGGGAGAGAGUUGCAGAAGAAUGAGCAGCAAGGCAAAGGCAGGCCCCCCGAAGCACCAAAACAGAUACGCCUGGAAACCAAACGCCGGCGUCAAAAUCAACGAAACUGAGGUUGGAGGCAGGUUCCGCCCGCUUUCCCAGAUCACCGGAGUUUGCCUUCGCUGCAAGGACCAAAUCGAUUGGAAACGCCGCUACGGCAAGUACAAACCCCUUGCCGAACCCGCCAAAUGUCAACUAUGUUCCAAGCGGGCUGUUCGUCAAGCCUAUCAUAAUCUCUGCCCUGGCUGUGCCAAAGAGCAAGGUGUGUGCGCGAAGUGUCGUUGUCGUGUAGACCAUACUGUUGGAAGGGAUGCUUCUGAAGUUGAGGCUGAGCAAAAGAUGCUUCAAGAGGCCAUAAGGAAUGCUCGAGAAAGGGAUAAAAGAACUCUAUUACGUGCUAUGAACAAAGGGAAAAGUAAGACUUCGGAUAAAAGUAAAUCAGCCGUUAAAGAAGAAACUAAGGUUGGGGAUUUGACUCCGUCAAUAGAAGAGCAUGCUAAAUUGGGCAGAAAGGAGGAUGACAAUGAUAUUACAGAUGGCAGCAAUGAAGACAGCGACGAAAACGAAGAUGAGGAUGAAAAUGAGGAUUAGGAUGAAACUAGGGUUGAGGAGGAUGAGGAAGAGAGGUAAAUCUUCGCCCUUUGGGGCACGUUUUUUGUAAGCUAAACUGUGGUAUGACAUCCAGUGUACCAGAGAAUUUACAGUACCAAUUUCUAUUCUAAAGGAUGUGAAAGAGUAGUAAAUUAAUCUUUGUAUGGGGCAUGUUCUUCGCAAGCUGAACUGUGGUAUGACGACCAGCGUGUACCAGAGAAAUUACAAUAUCCAAUUCUUAUUUAGAGGCCAAAUGUCCUUAGAGUUCA